CCCCAUCUCCCACACAAUCAAAGAUGCGCGUAACGCGGGAAUGUGAUGUGAAACAUCCGUUAUGUAUCAUAAUGUGUUCCAACGAAUUGCUAUUUACGCUCUCGAGAAUUAAGUCGCGGGAUGACUUGUGAAUCGUGACGUGAAAUUGAGCAACGGCAGUAAAUCGUGUCAGAUGCAGUUUCCUGAGCGCUUCGCGGCUACUAGACGCGCGCGCCUCGUCGAGCGCUCCCGUGGCGUCGCGUCGUUUGCGGUGUUUUAUUAUCAUCACCCACCGAACGAUGAUGGGGAUUUUAUUCCUGGAGUACUUGCUAUCAAAACAAGGAAUUCUGAAGCUCGCUCAGCUCGUGAUUCUCCUCGUAGCGUUCGCUUGCGUUCGUUCCACGUGGUACAACAGUUUCUACGCUUACGGUUUCUUCGAAGGCGUCACACUCGGUUACUCCAUCACGGUCGCCGUUUUUCUGUUCCUGACCGUAUUUGGGAUUCCGAAAAGGGCAUCCUUCGUGAACUGGACGAUAGCCGAGUUUGUGCUUGAUACACUGGGAUUCAUCUUCAUCUCCACUGGUUCCAUUGUAGCCGCUGUGAAGUCUUAUGACACCCCCAUUCUGGUCACCGCCUCAGUGUGUGGUCUUCUGGCCUCAUAUCUCUCAGUUGUUAGCGUGAUACUUUCAUUUGUUGCGGCUCAUCGCUCACAACCUGAGGGUCCACCAGUAUAAAAACACUUGUCUUGAUAUUUAUAGUCUGCCAUGGAUGGGGGAUUGAUAAAGGAUAUGGUUGUUUUAAUAAAUUAACAUAGAAUAGUAUCACUUAUUGCACACACAGCUUAUUGCAGUUAGAUGGUUUUAGUACUGGAAUUAUUAUAUAAUAUUUAAUAUUGUAAUACUCUGUCAAUAAUGUACUGGUGCAUACAAUGUAAUAAAUGGCCUUUAUUUUUAGUUUAAUGUACAAAAUGUAUCGUUACUGAAAAUAUUUUCCUGAGCAGUUUUUACGUAAGUUGGCCAAACUCGUUUAUCUAAUGCUUUCUGAAAGAGAAAUGAACGUUGAGAAAUAAAACACAAAUAUAGUUUGUAAA